ACUGAAUCCAUUCCCGACCUCAUCCCUCGCCUUCGUAUCUCGAAUUCGAGGAUUCCCACGCAUUAUUGUACCAACGUCAUACCGACGCAUCCGCAGUCUCUUUUUGGUGAAUCCCAUCAAAACCCAACAAGCUUUCCAGCGCUAAACACGCUUUCGAAACGCUUUCGGUACGCACGCGCCACACCUUCCGGAAUUCAAAGGCACUUGCGUCAUACCGUGUGCAUCAAGAAAGCCAGCAGCACGUUCGCGAUCAGGAGUCCGGCGGCACCGUGGUUCCGGCUUAUCUCCCAUUGAUACAUCAGGGUCUUACUUUUCAUAUUCCCCCCACAGAGAUCGUGUUCUUCUUCAACAAACCUCCUCCCUACAUCCCUACGCUCCAUUCCGUCGGCUUGCCCCACCCUGCGAACUGGUAGUCUCUCCACACGCAAUCCGGGCACAGCUCUGACACCACAAACACCACAAACACCACAAUGCCGGCCGCACUCAAGAAAGCACUUGAGAAGCUCAAGCCGGGCCACAGCAGCCACGGCUCCGAAGACGAGAGCGGUGUCAAGUCGCCGAGUGGAGUGAAGUCGCCAGUAGGCGUGUCUGCUAAUGGCAGAGCCCAGUCUCCCGCGGCCACGCCGCGCUCUUCCGGCGUCUUUGCUCACAGGCCCAGCGGUGAGAUGAGGCGCGACCAGAUUGCUUCUCCCACAGAGAGCCGGUCAAGCCUCGACCAUGGCAGCGCCCCGCGCAAGUCCAUGACUGGCGUCUUCCACCGUGGCACGCAGAGCCCUAAUCGAUCUGGCUCUAAGGACCGCAAGCAUGAACGAAGCGGCUCACUUGGCACUCACAGCCCUAUGCGCGUUGUCAAGGAGAAACUUCACAUUGGAGACUCCUCCAGCGAUGAGGGCGGUCCUAUUAACCGCGAUGGCGAGCCAAUGUCUCGCAACCAGUUGCGCAAGCACGAGAAGCAUGCACAGCAGGAGGAGCGUCACAAGCAGAACAUGGAGAAGGAGGCAGAGAUCGAGAGGAGAAGAAAGGAGAUGGAGGAGCAAGCCAACGCCGAAUUGACACCAGAGCAGAAAGCAAAAUAUGGUGUCGUUCCUCCAAACAGUUAUGCUGGCGAGUGGAAGCAUCAACACCGCGCCAACAUCCAGGACUUCACAGUGGACGAUGUUGGCAAGGAGGUUAUCUUCCGUGCCCGCAUUCAUCACCUGCGUAAGAUGAGCUCCAAGUUCGUCUUCUUCGUUUUCCGUCAGCAGCUCGCCACCAUUCAGGGUGUCCUCAUGGAGCACUCAGAUAUCUCCAAGUACAUGCUGUACUGGGCGGAGCACCUUGAGGUUGAGAGUGUCGUCCUUGUUAAAGGCAUUUUGCAAGCGCCCAACUCGAAGCAGGGCGAAGUCACUGGUACCACCAUCCACGACGUCGAGAUCUCAGUGCACGCGCUGCACGUCGAAGCGGAAAUCGCCGACCAUCUUCCCUUCAACGUAUACGAGGCCGAAGUCACACAGGCCGACGUUGAUGCUGAGGUCGCCCAGCCUGACCACAAGGAGGGACACAACCGCGUCAGGAUUGCAGACAGGACACGCUUGAACAACCGCAUCAUCGACCUGCGAUCAACAGCAUCGCAAGGUAUCUUCCGCAUCCAGUCCGGCAUCUGCAAUCUUUUCCGCCAAGCUCUCGACGAGCAGGGCUUCAUCGAGAUUCACACACCCAAGUUGCAGGGUGGCGCCACCGAGUCUGGCGCCAGUGUCUUUAAGGUUGAGUACUUCAGCCGUGGUGCUUUCCUUGCCCAGAGUCCUCAAUUGGCGAAGCAGAUGGCUAUCUCCGCAGAUUUCGGCAAGGUAUACGAGAUUGGUCCCGUGUUCCGUGCUGAGAACAGUAACACAUACCGCCACUUGACGGAGUACACUGGUCUGGAUCUUGAGAUGCAGAUUGAUGAGCACUACCACGAGGUGCUCCGCGUUCUCGAUCGCACAUUCAAGACCAUCUUUAAGGGCAUCUACGAACGCUAUCGUCCCGAAAUCGAGGUUGUCAAGAAGCACUUCCCUCACGAGGACUUGGUCUGGCUGGAUCAGACCCCCAUUAUUCCGUUCGCUGAGGGUGUGCGCAUGCUCAAUGAAUCAGGGUGGAGAGACGACAACGGCAACCCGCUCGACGAGAAUGAGGAUCUGGGUACCAGGGACGAGGUUCAACUGGGCCGUGUCAUCAAAGAGAAGCUCGGCACCGACUACUAUGUACUGGACAAGUUCCCAGCCAACGCACGACCCUUCUACGCCAUGCAAGAUCCUAACAACCCUGAACUCACCAACUCAUUCGAUAUCUUCUGUCGUGGUCAGGAAAUUCUCAGUGGUGGUCAGCGUAUCCACGACUCUAGGUUGCUGCUUGACAAGAUGGCUAAGCUUAAGAUGGAUCCUUCGACUAUGGAGGAGUAUAUCCAAGGCUUCCAGUGGGGUGCACCACCUCACGGCGGUGGUGGUAUUGGUUUGGAGCGUAUUCUCAUGCUCUUGCUGAACCUUGGAAACAUUCGUCACGCAUCGAUGUUCCCUCGCGAUCCCAAGAGUUUGCCUGAGAAGCCUGUCAUUAAGCAGUUGCGCCAUCCAGACGCAAGCACUAUGCACCCACCGUGGGAGGGACAAGAUCGUGUCCUGGCCAACAUUGACUUGCAGCCCAUUGAGAAGCUCAUUGCCAAUUACGGUGAUGCGACCAAUACAUCGUGGCUCGAGCCACGCACAGAAGUCUGGCGUGACCAGCACACUGGUGCAGCAGUCGGUUUCGUGCCUCAGGAUGGUUUCGCCAUCACUGUUGGUGACCCUCUUUGCCACGAGUCUCAGUACCUGAAGACCAUGACUGGUUACCUGAAGUACAUCAAGAAGGAGCGCAACCUCAAGCCACUUUGGCUCCUUGUUGGUGCGCCUGUUGAGGAGGUGCUUGCCACGAAAUUCAACUGGCGAACAUUUUCAGUCACUGGCGAGCAGCGGGUGGACCCAGCCCACAACCCUGCAGAUAAGGAUGCGGAUAUUCAACGCAAGAUUCGUCACGCCGAGAAGGAAGGUGUUAAGAUCAGUGAUUACCCCAUCGGCACACCGCCACCACCAGAGGUCAAGAAGCAGGUUGAUGCUCGUGUCGAGGACUGGCUGAAGGGCCGUAAGGGUCGCCAGGUGCACUUGACCAACAUCCACCCAUGGCAGGAUGAGGAGCACCGACAGUACCACAUUGCACAAACCCCCGACGGCACCAUCGCUGCCUUCGUCGCAAUGGCACAGCUGUCUCCUGACCACGGUUGGCAGGUCAAGUACUCGCUCGAUUUCCCCAAUGCGCCCUCGGGUUCCAUUGAGUACAUCGUCACCCACGCGCUCAAGCAGGUCGCCGCUGCUGGUGCCGAGUCUGUUACUUUCGGUGGAGGAGCUAGCUCCAAGUUCACCCCAGGACACAAUGUCAAGGGCACUCGUGUCAAGGUACUCAGCCGCGCAUACCACGCUAUCGCGACCGAGCUCAAGCUUACCAACAAGACCGAGUUCCGUGAGAAGCUGGGUGCGGUCGACGACCCGAGUUACAUCUGCUACCCGCCGCACGGGCUGGGCCCUAUGGCGAUCAAGGCAAUCUUGAACUUCUUCGAAGAUGAUGAUAUGUAGACGGAUACAUGAUUUUGGUGGAGUGGAGCAAAGGCAUGAUACCAUGAGACGUUACGGCCGAGUAUACGAGUUGAUGAUUGCAUGUUGGCUCACUUCUCUUUUGUUAGUUUAGUGAGUCUAGUGAUGCUUCGUUUGAUUAGCUAUAGAUGAGCUUAUUCCCUAAUACAAUUCUCCUUACGCUAU